AUGGAGAUCCAUCAUGACUUCCAGGCUCUUGGCUAUGGUCUGGUCCAACUCAAAGUGUUUCAGAAUCGAAGCAAGCGCUUAGAGAAGGUCCACGUGGUUAUCGGCCCUCAGGCCUGUGACUUGGACUCUCUCAUUUCCGCCUUCACUUACGCCUACUUUCUUGACAAGGUCAGUCCACCAGGGGUUCUCUGUUUACCUGUGCUGAAUAUACCCCGAACUGAAUUCAACUACUUCACUGAGACAAGGUUUAUUUUAGAAGAGUUAAAUAUUUCUGAAUCCUUCCACAUAUUCCGAGAUGAAAUUAACCUGCUGCAGCUAAAUGAUGAAGGGAAGUUGUCCAUAACGCUUGUUGGCAUCAGUGCACUGGCAAGUGAGGACAAAGCUUUAGAAUCCGCCGUUGUCAAAGUCAUCAGUCCGACGGAGCAGAGGGAUGUGGACGCGAAGUUCCAGGAGCCCUCUUCCUCACUGGUGCUGAAAGAGCUUCUCCGGGAGGCUCCUGAGCUCGUCACCGAGCAGCUGGCUCAUCUCCUCAGAGGUAGCAUCCUUUUCAAGUGGAUGGCCAUGGAACCAGAGAAGAUCUCAGAAAAGCAGAAAGAGAUUCUUUCUGUCCUGGAAGAGAAGUUUCCUAACCUGCCUCCAAGAGAGGACAUUAUCAACAGUCUGCAAGAGACCCAGUUCAAUGCUCAGGGUCUAAGUAUUGAACAGACCAUUUUGAAAGAUCUAAAGGAGCUGUCAGAUGGAGAAAUAAAAGUGGCCAUUAGUACGGUGAACAUGACCCUUGAGAACUGUGAGUUUCACAGCAAUAUCACCAGUGAUUUGAAAACAUUCACUGACAAGUUUGGUUUUGAUGUCCUCAUCCUGUUUGCCAGCUAUCUGUCAGAGGAGCAGCAGCCAAGACGACAGAUUGCUGUGUUCUCCCAGAACCUAGAGCUGUGCAGCCAGAUUUGCUGUGAGCUGGAAGAGUGUCAGAGCCCUUCCUUAGAAUUGGAGCCCUUCGAGUGCAGCUGCGAUGAGAUCCUAGUGUACCAGCAGGAGGACCCUUCUGUGACGUGUGAUCAGGUGGUUCUCAUCGUCAAGGAAGUUAUCAAUAGGAGAUGUCCAGAGAUGGCCUCCAACAGCCGGACAUCCUCAACAGAGGCCGUGGCAGGCAGCGCCCCCCUCUCGCAGGGAUCCUCAGGGAUUACGGAGUUGUAUGGUUCUGAUGUGGAGCCACAGCCCAGCUCUGUGAACUUCAUAGAAAACCCUCCAGAUCUCAACGAUUCUAACCAGGCUCAGGUGGAUGUCAAUGCAGACCUCGUGAGCCCAGAUAGCGGGCUGGCCACCAUCAGGAGCAGCCGCUCAUCCAAGGAGAGUUCAGUUUUCCUCAGUGAUGACAGCCCAGUGGGAGAUGGGGCUGGACCCCAUCACAGCCUGCUUCCAGGCUUUGACUCUUACAGCCCCAUCCCUGAAGGAGCAGUCGCAGAGGAGCACGCACGGUCUGCUGAGCACAGUGAACACUUUGACCUCUUCAACUUUGACCCAGCACCGCUGGCUUCAGGGCAAUCCCAACUGUCUUCCCAACCAUCUUCCCAUUCGCCAGACUACUCCCCGGUGAAUGACUUCCCAGACAGUGAUUCCUCAGAAGGACACCUCCCUGCUGGGGCCAAGGCACUGGACAGACUGGGGAUCAAUAUGUCCAAUUUUUCAUCCGGCUCUCUUCUGUCAGAGACUGGCAAAAACAGCCUUGGAGAAUUCGAUGAGGACUUUGUCCAGAGACAAGAAAGUCCUUCAGAUGGCUCUGAAAGGAAUUUGAACCUGACAGGUUUUGUGGGAGAUGAGCCUCCUUCGCCUGAGAGGCUGAAAACUAUUGGGAAGAGGAUUCCACCAACUCCUAUGAACAGCUUUGUAGAAAGUUCUCCAUCUACUGAGGAGCCAGCCCCGCUCUACCCAGAAACUUUGCCCCAAAAAACAAUGGAUGCAGGACACUCGGGGCCACCUCAGGCACGUGCACGUUGCAGCAGCUGGUGGGAGGGAUUGGAACUUGACUCUAAAAAUAUUGCUCAUGCAUGGAGUUCUGGUGAACAAGGGUCUGUCUUCCAGAACACUGAAUUGUGGAAGGACCACAGGCCCAGCCCAGCUGAGAGGAGAGCUUCUGAUUCUCUGUUUCAACCAAAGAGUCUUGAGUUCCCAAAGUCAGAUGCCUGGGAACCUGAAUUUGGCCAGCCUCAAGUGGAGAGCAGUGCUCUUCCGAUCCGCAAUGAGGAAAGCUUUCAGGUUCAGAAUUUGCCUGCUGAGAAAUCCCUCUUGUCAGAUGCUUCUCCACAGGACACAAACCACCUCAUAGAAGACUUUGCUGCUUUGUGGCAUUCCAGCCGCUCGCCCACGGCAAUGCCUGAGCUGUGGGGAAAUCCUACAGAUGAUGGGGAGACUGCUGUUGCAGUGUCGUUACCAGCUUGGAGUGCAUUUGGUAAAGGAGAUAAUACCACAGCUCUACAGAGUGCCUGGAACUUGCACCCCACGAGCCAUGAGCCACCUUCUGUGAGAGACCCCAAAGAGUGGGCAAUGGCCAAGAGUGGGCUUUCAUUUCCUCCAGAAGACCUACUGGAUAGUUCACCCACCGACACAAGUGGCCAGGCAGCUCAAGAAAUCUGGGUCAGAAAGAAUAAUGACUCCCAGGAGAACAGCCUCAUGUCUGGAAAUCCCAGUUCCAACCUGGAUAGUGCCUGGAGCCAUUCUAAGGCAGUGAAGGAAGGCCCAUAUGUUUUGGUGGAUCCCAGCUCCACAGGGAAAGUAUAUGCUAAGGUAGAUUCCUGGCACCUUUUUGAGGAGAGUAUGAAGAAAGGAGGCUCGGAUGGCCUAGCUCCUUGGGAAGAUUCUUUCUUAUCAUACAAAUGUUCCGAUUAUAGUGCAUCCAAUGUAGGAGAGGAUUCGGUGCCCUCCCCCUUAGAUACCAAUUACUCCACCUCAGACUCUUACACAUCACCCACGUUUGCUGGAGAUGAGAAAGAAGCAGAAACCAAACCCUUUGCUAAAGAGGAAGAUUUUGAGUCUAAAGACACUAACCCUGCCCUGGGGGAGGUUGUUGUUUCUGCCCCAUUGCCACAGGUGCCGCCCAGAAAUCGGCUGAGCUCAGGUCCUGGGAACCUGGACAUGUGGGCUUCCCCUUGCAUCAACAAUGGUUCUGAAAGCAAUGAUGCUCAUGACACAAAUAAAGACGUACUUAGGAUGGAAGACACUGGUGAUAAGACCCUCUCUGUGGAUGACGACAUGGGGGAGAGCAGCCAGUCGAGCUACGACGACCCCAGCAUGAUGCGCCAGUACAAUGAAACCAACAGACAGCUUACACUGCUGCACAGCAGCACCAACUCGCGGCAGGCAGCCCCCGACGGUCUCGACUUGUGGAACAGAGUGAUUCUGGAGGAUACACAGUCCACAGCAACCAUCUCGGACAUGGACAACGAUUUGGACUGGGAUGACUGCAGUGGAGGUGUGGCCAUUUCUAGUGACGGCCAAGCAGAAGGAUACCUAGCUGAAGGGAGUGAGCCAGACACCCGAUUUUCUGUGAGACAGCUGGAGCCAUGGGGCACCGAGUAUCAGGAAGGCAGUCAAGUAGAUUGGGAACUCCCUGCCUCUGCCGAGGGAGCCAGGGAUACGGCUCCCACGCAAUACCACACACUGGAUGAGAAGAGUGGACAGCUCAUCGCAAAUAGUAUUUGGGAGUCUGCCAUGAGAAAUGAAGACAUGCCGUCACUCAUGUUGCCAAGCUCAAUGUACACGACAGAGUCAGGGCAAAGCCAUUUGCCCCAUGAAAAUCCCAGUCAUUCAGAAGACACUCAGAACAGUCACAUUCCAGAUGUGCUUGAUGUAUCUGCAACCGAGUCAGGAACACUACCUGACAACUGGAAUGCAGGGCCAGAAACCCUGCAAAGCAAUAUAGCAUCUGUGAUGACCAAGCUUGAGGACGUAGGGCAUUUUGCAUCCUCAGACCCAUGGGAAGGUCAUAGCUAUGGACAGAGUGUAGGUGAGAAGGAAGGCCAGGGAGUCAUGCACAGGGCAAGCCUCCAUGAGGAGGUAUGGGACUCCAGCGGGGGAAAUGCUUUAGGAGUUUCUGGAAAAGAACCAGGGAACCAGGAACUCUCCUUCUCGGGUCCAUCUGCACAUCAAGAAAUCUACCUUGAAGCAGGAACAAUCAGCUCUCUUUCAAGUACAUUCAGUCAUCAAAUGGAGGGACCAGAAGAAGUCGUAGGAUCUGAGGAAGCAGCUGAUAUUCUGGACUCUUUGGAUGUGCAGGAAACAGACAGCCCUGAAAAACAAUCAAUACAUCGCAAAACUCCAGCUGAAGCUACCGAGAUUCCAGGUAGAAUGAAUUUAACUGAAAAUUCAUCUUUAUCUGAAAUGAAUCUUGAGGAAACUGAAGAAUACAAUGAUCUGGAGCCAGAUAGAGUGAGUGAGAAACCACUGCCCCCUGAAAUUCCUCAAAACCUGCAGAUUUUGGAAGGCCCUCUAGACAGUGGUGUGCAGGUCAGUAAUGCAAACUCAAAAAUGACCAUAAAUCUUGAUGUUCAGAAUUCAGAAAAUAACUUUCUAGAAGUCAACUCCUCUGGAAAGGCUGACCAAGAUAGUAUUUCUAGUGAGUAUACCCGUUCAAGUGCAACAAGUCCUGACUUAGAUGAUUCUUCAGCAGCCUUGUCUUCCUGGAGCCGUGGACCCGGGACCGAGCAUCCCCAAGAGAAUCAGAAUGAUUGCAGUGAAGAGAAUCAGCAAGACUCCGAACUUGUUACCACUGAUGACCACAGAGAGGUAACCCCUGAAAUGAAGGACUUUGAGGACAUGGUUGGAAAGAGGAGUUUCAAUCACAAGGUUCCUAAAUUUUUAGAGAUUUGGGAUGACUCAGUUGAUGGUGAUUCCUUAUCCUCAUUAUCUAGUCCUGAAAUAGGUAAAUAUUCAGAGUGUGCAGAUUUCUACCAGGAAAGCAAUCUGCUCAUUAGCCAGCAGGAGAAAAGUGAACUUGACAUCCCUGCAACUAUGCAGUCAGAGAAUGCUCCAAUAAGCCCACAUUCUGAUGACAGCAUAGGUAGUGAUAAGUCGUUGGACAAAGGGAUCCACUCUCUGGACAUUUGCCGCAUUGCUCAGAGUGAACCCGGGGCCUGGGACUCAUUGAAUGGCUCUGCUAAGUCCUUGGCCUCAGCUGAUUCCAAGUCUGAGGAACCUUACGACCAGGAAGGCAAGUCAGAACCAGAAGAGAGCAAGUCACCCCUGUCCUGUGACAAUCAACACAGCAGCCCCGAUCCUUGGAACUUCUCACCGUUAACAGAGACUGAGAUACAGACUGCAUCUGUGAAAAAUGAGAUGGGAUCUUCUCCAGAAAUGGACAAGACAGGAGAUGUAAUAUGGAAGGGAUCUCCCGAAACUGAACCAAAGAAUGAAGAUCAUCCUGAAUUGGAAAUGCUUAGCUUCUCGGCAGAAAGUGACAAGUGGUGGACCGUGCCACCACAGGAUGCCAGACCCACUGAGGGUGCUUCAGAAGGGGAUCGGUCUAAUUCAAGGGGUGUGUUUGAAACAAAUUCUUCUGUGUUCCAAAAUGCAGGUCCUUGGGGAGUCCCCAUUCAGGGGAACGGUGAAUCCAUGGAAACACCUUGUGUUAACCCUUUUGGUGACAAACAUCAGUCACCCUUUCUGAAUUACGAUGGAGAGAAUGCGCAUGAGCAACUAUGGAACAUUCAACCAAGGGAACCGGACCCAGAUGCCAAUCAGUUUAGCCAGCUUGUCAUAUUAGGCCAAAUUAAAGAAAAGGAUCCCUUCAUGUCUUUGGCUGGUGAUGAACCUCCUCCUUCAGAAACAGGCAGCCCAGAGCAAUGUCAAAGUGCUGCAUUGUCUGCCUGGGAUCAGCCAGACCCAAGCUUCACUCACACAGAACAAAACGCAUGUGUCAUUGCUAAUGUCUCAACCAUAGAAUGUCAAGAAGCAAACUGGUGGGAACAAAAGAAUUCAUACCCCGAUGAGACGACAAAUCCAAGCACUGCUACAGAAAAUUUCACUACCAGCCAGCCCACUACACAAGCGACAGGGAAGGCAAACUCUAGCCCUAUGGAGAACCCCGAAGGUAGCUUUGUUCCAGAUAUUUUGCAUGGUAACUUUCCAGAGGGCGGGCAGCUGGCCUCGGCCUCACCUGACUUAUGGGUGGAUGCUAACCAGCCCUACAGUUCGAAUGAAGAUGAUGAGAACCCUGACCUACUGACCCACUGUGACCAGGAGAGCCACCCACAGGUUUCCAACAGCCCUGAUAUCUGUCAGGAUUCUGAGGCCAAGCAGGAGACUGAGCAGGUGCAGCCCAUCCAUCCUGGCCCAGGGCCUGGCAUGCAAUCCAGUGGGUUGGAUCUCAUGGAACCAAAAGCAAAUGAAGAACCAUCUCCCGAGCCUACACAGGAGUUUGUUCCAUGGAAGUCUGAACUCUAUCCUGAAAACACACUUGCACUAUCUCCCAUCAGCAACCAAGCCAACAUCGGCAGCUCACCCCAACCUGCCUCUUGCAAAGGCUCUCCUGAAUCCCUUGACAUAGAUGGGGACAGUAAGCUGAGUGUAAAUGCAUCAGAGGAUGAAGUCAGCCCGGACAAAGCAUCAGUGUCGGAACCUGAUGAUAGAACCAACCAAAGGACUGAACGUGUGGGAACCAGCAUCUUUGUAACUUACCAAGAGCCAAAUGCAGACAGCCAUGGCUUUUGGGAGUCAGAGGACUUUUCCUCUGAAAGUCAGACAGGUGCAAGGGCCUUGCUUCACAUUGAGCAACCCGAGAGUCUUGCUGCAGUCAGUGAUGCUUUACUAGCCUCAGACACUUGUCUGGAUGUGAGUGAAGCUGCCUUUGACCACAGUUUCAGUGAUGCCUCAGGUCUGAACACAUCCACGGGAACAAUUGAUGACAUGAGUAAACUGACGUUAUCAGAAGGUCGUGAGACACCGGAAACGCCCAUGGAUGGGGAUGUAGCAAAGCAGGAUAUCUGUUCCUCCGAGGCGUCGUGGGGUGACUUUGAAUAUGAUGCCAUGGGUCAAAAUAUUGAUGAGGAGUUUAUGAAAGAGCCUGAUCACUUCCGGUACGGCAGCGAUCUGCCCUUGGAGGAGGGUGCUCUGAAGCACUCACUGGCCCCAUACACGCCACCCUUUGAUUUGUCUUAUCUCACCGAACCCAAGAGAGUCCCUGAUUCAACAGGGAACUCAGGGUCGCCAGAGGAUGUGUCCCUAGGGAGCGAAGCAGCAGAGACAUUGCUUUCUGCUCUUCCUGAUGAAAGAAGUGAGGGGAAUUGCACAGAGACCAAAAACACGCAGCCUGGGCCCCCGCUGACUGUGCUGCAUAUUCAGGAAGACCCCGACUCUGUUUCUUGGCCUGCUGGAGCAGAAGCCAGCAGACAGUUAUCGCCUUCAAACAUUGAAUGGGAAGUAGAAACGGUUCUCUCUGAUUCACCAGCAGGAGGAGACAUAGGAUCACCAACUGGUGCCAACAGGGGAAUGUUUGAGUUGGAAGAAGAAAAAAGCAUGCCCAGCAAAGAGCCUGAGCAGACACAAUCAGAACAAAAGGAAGAAACGCAUGGAGAGCAGGAUGAAGAUGAUCAGGCACUACGCAUGGAUUACAUACUGGUAAGCCAUGAAGGAAAUUCACUCCUGAAGCCAGAAAUCAGUGACAAGAGACAAAGCAUAUCUGAAUUAGAAGACUCUUCCAUAGAUUCUGAAGAACAAGAGCUGCCUGCAACUCAGUCAGUAAGCUCCCCAGACAUGCGUCCACCUGCCUCCUUCAAGGAGACAGCUGAGCAUUCUGCAGAGACGAGGUUUUCCAAUGCUCACAGGAGAUCAUCUCUGGAGAGCCCUGCACAGGAGCAGAGUUGGAUGGUCUUGGGCCAUAGUGAAGUCAGUGAUUUGUCGUUGGGAGCCAAGGACUCAGGCCUUGGAUGUCCUGACCUUGGUAUGGAUAAGAGUUCCCCAAGGCAGGUUCUGGGGGAAAUGAAGACUCCUGAGUCCUUUGCAUUUGAGGAAGCCACCAAUGUGGCUAGUCAGCAUUGGCAGAGUGAGAGCCGGAGUGCGGUUGGACCAGAUGCAGCUGUGCUGCAGGCUGUCAGCCAUGACAAUGAAUGGGAAAUGCUUUCAACGCAACCUCAGCAGAAACACGGAAUCCACGCAACAGAAAUGGAGGAGGAGACGGAGUUCCUUGAGUCCAGUUCUGGGAAGACAAGACCAAAUGGACCGCUGCCGGAGGAUGUAGGCAUGGACAGCGUGCUUGAGGAGGAAAUGCUGAGUCCCGACAGUGCAGACAUGAGGCCGGAACCUCCUAAUUCUCUGGACCUUAUCGGUUCUCAUCCUCGGAGAGUCAAGCUCACGGCCCCAAAUAUCAACCUUUCUCUUGACCAAAGUGAAGGGUCCAUUCUUUCUGAUGAUAACCUGGACAGUCCUGAUGAAAUUGAUAUCAACGUGGACGAACUUGAUACUCCUGAUGAAGCAGAUUCCUUUGAGUACCCUGGCCACGAAGAUCCCACAGCCAACAAAGGUUCUGGCCAGGAGUCAGAGUCCAUUCCAGAAUACACAGCCGAGGAGGAGCGAGAGGACAACCGGCUGUGGCGGACGGUGGUGAUUGGGGAACAGGAGCAGCGGAUUGACAUGAAGGUCAUUGAGCCCUACCGGAGAGUCAUUUCCCACGGAGGAGAUUCAGGAUACUAUGGGGACGGUCUAAAUGCCAUCAUUGUGUUUGCUGCCUGUUUUCUGCCAGACAGCAGUCGGGCGGAUUACCACUAUGUCAUGGAAAAUCUUUUCCUAUAUGUCAUAAGUACUUUAGAGCUGAUGGUGGCCGAAGACUACAUGAUCGUGUACUUGAACGGUGCCACCCCGAGACGGAAGAUGCCAGGGUUAGGCUGGAUGAAGAAAUGCUACCAGAUGAUUGACAGGAGAUUAAGGAAGAAUUUGAAAUCAUUCAUUAUUGUCCAUCCAUCCUGGUUCAUCAGAACAAUCCUUGCUGUGACCCGACCAUUUAUAAGUUCAAAAUUCAGCAGUAAAAUUAAAUAUGUGAGCAGCUUAUCAGAACUCAGUGCCCUGAUCCCCAUGGAUUGCAUCCACAUUCCGGAAAGCAUCAUCAACAUUGACCUGAAGCUCAAAGAGAAGCCAUAGUUGGUCACAGCUGGAAGAAGAUGAUGCUUUUGUGCUGCGUGGUUCUGCAGAAACCUGUCUACCUGGGAGAGAGGGCUGAUACUACUUUUUUUUCACUUUGCACUACGUGGUGCCAUUCUAAAUGUCUAAGGGCGGAAACAGGAGGAGAAUUGUUUACUCUUCACAUAGUUUCUAAAAUUGUGUGUAUUUUCCUGUUUUGCCAAUUACGUGCCUCAAAGAUUUCAGUUGAACCUUAGCAAGAAAGUAGUAUCUUCCAUUUUGAUGUUUUGCCAAUUCUUGGUGCAGUGGUCUUCGGUCUCUUACACUGGUGUUUAAAAUAGCUUUAACCCUCGGUUAGUUGUGAGUUGACUUGUUUCCAUGGAUUAGCUGGACUUCUCUUUGGUGAUCAUUCUAGGAUUACAGAACAUGGGGCUCAACCCUCCCCAGUCAAGUUUGCCCCAAGUAACUCUGCCUUUAAAAUGCUAAGCCUCCCAGCACGGCCAUAACCCGGACAUGAAUGUGAGGCUGUCAUUCACCAAAUGACCACGUGGUUCUCGUGCACAUGGGUAUUCUUCAACUUCUUAAGGGAAAUCUUCCCAAUUUGAUCAGUUCUGUUUUAGUUACCAAAUCGGGCAUCAUAUUUUAUGUAAAUUGCUCUUUUAGAAAAUCGUUCCUGCUUUGACGAAUGUUGAAGACCUUUACAUUGGGAAAUUUAGGGAUCCGUAUUACAUUUUUAAUAGCUUCAGGUUCUAAAUUUAGUUCAAGAUGUGCUACACUUAAGCACCAAGGAUUCAAGUGUAAGGUAACCUAAUCAGAGCUUACAUUCCAAUUUCUCUCCUGCAUGCAUUAUGAAAGUGAUCUGAUCACAGGUUUAAAAUUAAGCAUAUAUUGUUAUUUUUCAAACAUUUCCUUUAUGGUCAUCCCAAGCUCUCUGAAACACAGCAUGGUUUUAAGUCUGUGAGUCCCAAAUCUGAGAUGUUACCUGUUGGAGUGGGAUCUUGCAGGCUAAGAAUGAUUUUUAUAU